AUGGCUAGCCCCUCGAAACAACCUAGAAAGGAUGACGAUAGCAUAGUGGGAUAUUUGCACUGUGUGUCACCGGUGAAAACUUCGAGGCGGAAUCUCCGCUACUUCGAGGCGACCCUACAGACCGGCCGAGAGGAAUACCACAGAGUGGUAGCAUUUUCGGUAGACAAGAGGAUCCCGUUUACGCAAGCUUCGCAAAACAAAAGCCCAGUGAAGCUGGCGAACGUCAGGAGAGGCCUCAGUUACUCCGAUCCCAGUGGCUUCGACGUUCUCUGUUCAAAUAGCACCACUGUGGAGGUGGUGGAGGACGUGGCUUUCUUCCCGAGAGAGCCUCGAAGCAUGGGACAGAUGACCAUCGAGGAGGUGCUGCGCCUUGGACCAAGACAGCGCGUGGGUGUGGUGGAUGCCAAGAUCCUGCCAGAGGGUACUGUGAGCAGAGUGGUACCUGUUGACGGGGUCCAGUGCGAGUUGAAGGAGCUUCAGAUCUGCGAUCCCACUGGCCAGACAACUCUCACACUCUGGGAGAAACUGAUUCUGACUGUCGAAGUAGGCAAGUCGUACAAGCUGGCCAACUUGUCCACCAGGAAAGCCGGUGACCGUACAGUUCUAACUACCACUCAAACGACAACGGUUAGCGAAAUUUCGGCCGUCGGAGAACCGGAGUCAGUCGAGGUCCAUGGAGAUGACCGCCAGGACACAUCGAUCGUCCGUGGAACUGUGACCGGGGUGCAGAUAAGCGCCAAACACCGUUGUAGGAGAUGCCACACCAGUCAAGAGCCGUUUGUGAGUCGCUCGUUAACGCACAGAUGCCAGCGCUGCAAGCUCUUACAAAAAGCCAGCUCCUUCGUGGCUUCCUACAGCGGAGUCUUGCUGCUGAUGACCAGCGAUGGCCAAGAGCAGUCGCCGAUGUUCACAAACUCUGCUCUUUCUGCCUACUUGAAAGAGAAGGACAUUGGCGAUUCCAUGGGGGACUUGCAGGUCAUCGAAGAGCAUUUCCUCAGUGUUGGUGACGUUGAGUUGUCUGUCAACGCAGAGGGGCUGAUCGUUUCUGUAAAAGAUAUCGUAAGCGAAAAGGGUAGUCCAGAGUGUGAAGCAACAGGCUUUGCAGAGGGGAUGGAUGAGUUAUUUUUAAAGGAUGAUAAGUUAAAUGCCUGA